AUGUUUGGCGGCGCAGCCGUAGCGCCGACAUGCCGCUGCGGCUGCCCUAGCGAGAUGAUCCUCCUCGUACUGUUCGCGUGCCUCGUUACCGUCUCCGCCCAAAACGCCACCGAAGAUGCCACCGUUGACAUAGAACCAAGGACCAACUCCACCAAAGAGAUUUUAAAAGCAAGUGAAACUGCUGACCCUGCUAAAGUAGGAAUCGUGAAGCAAAUACGACGACUGAACGAUGAUGGCUCCUAUACAAUCGGCUACGAAGCUGACGAUGGUACAUUCAAAAUUGAAAGUCGGGAUGUAUUGGGAAAUGUGAAGGGCACUUUCGGAUACGUUGACAAGGAUGGAGAAAUAAAACGUGUAACUUAUUCGUCUUCAAGUGAUAUGACUCCGGCUCCCGUACCAGUGACCACAAGUACCACUCCUAGUAGUCCCACUUUAAUAGUAAGAAUGAAUAAAACAGUGUCAUCAACUACUAGGAGGCCUUUAGGUACAAUAGUGUAUCCUACAAGAAGCAGUUUUACAACUAGGGGAACAGUAAUACAAAAUAUACCUAGAAGACGUCCAAUACCGAGUUCUACGAAAGCGACUACUAAUGUCGCUGAAACAACAACAGAAAAACAAACCGUUGAAGAAACAACUAGUAACAUCCUCAAUCUUUACAAGCCGAAAUCAGAAGAAAGUGUAAAAUCUCGUACUCAAAUGUUAAAACCAGUUGCAGUGACAGUGAAUGAUGAUUUGAUAACGAAAUCGACGACAACAAAGUUACCUCAAACUGUUAAGCCGGUUUAUGAACACAUGAAGGAUGAAACUGAUUCUAAUAAGGCUAACACUUUCCGAAGGGAAUUAACGGGAACAAGUCCCAACCCCCACAUGGUGAGUUUACAGCAAUCAGCUGGUGACGAUUCCACUGAUGUAUACGGAAGUCAUUUAUCUUUAGGAACAGUGCGACCUUUGUUUACUACCACAACUCCCCGACCGAGACUCGUACCUAUACACUCUUUAGUAGCUGCGAGACAAAAAAUAGAACAGCAAUACCAAGAUGUUGCUGUGCAAGAGCAAGAAACGACAGUGGAAGCCAGUACUGGACGUGUUUUUGACCAUGAAAAUGUUGUGACGUCAAACCCUGUUCCGGUUAUUCAUAUACCGCCCGAAAGGUUUGACGAGAGACUGUAUCAACAACCUAUUUACAGGAGACCUCCAGCUGCAGUUCAGUUUAGAACAAAUGAGUACUUGAAAGAUAAUCCUGGUUCUCCUAUCCCUAUAGGUAACCAGCGGCCCUUUCUCCACUAUGAAUAUCAGAAUAAAGUAUUGGACCCACAUUACGUAAAGGAAACUUCACCACCUCCACCUCCUCAAACUAAAGGAACAACACCUGAACCUGUCACCGUGGCAUAUGACGCAAGACCCGUAACGAGGAUAAUACCGAUACCAGUUGACGAAAGGGGAGUGCCUAUACACGGAUAUCAAGCCCGAUUCAUUAACCCCUACAGGCCAACUCCGCCUCCACCAAUGGUGUACCAACAAAGAUACGAUCAGGGAGACGAGAUGAACUCUAUCUCAGCUCCAGUAAGUACUAGAGACUUGAAACGUCUGCUUCAUAUUCUGAUUUUAAGGCAGAAUCGCCUGCAGGCUUUGAUGGAUCAACUGGUAGCUCCGGGGCCUCCUUACCAGCCAGUGCAACUUUUUAGGCAACAACCUCAGUAUUACAAUAGAUACGAUAGCGCACCUCGUCAUUAUCAGGACGAGGACCGUUACGACUACCACUAUGAACAGCAACAAUAUAGACAGCAAGAUGCGUAUUCAAAUCAAAUGUCGAAUUACGAGAAUCCUCAAUAUGAGAGCCAACGGUAUGUGCCAAGGCGUAGGUUGUAUAGCAGACCUUAUGAUACAGCCAGUUCAUCAUCUAAUCGUAUCGAAGAACCACCAGAAUACCUCCCGGCGGAUAUUCGGGAAGCGUUGCUGCUGAAGAUGUUAAUGUUGGCCAUCAACCCAGAUUUCAUGCCUACUCCGCUGCCACCCACUGAACUAACCACAGCUGCUCCUCCCAGGAAACAAGUGAGGAACGUCCAGAUUCUCGGAGAAGAAGGUUCAGUAGAUGAAGCAAAGAAGGCGUCUAUGCAAACGCACUGA